CGAUGUUUGGCACACGUAUCGGAGUUUGUCCGUAUGAGAUGCAAGUUGCUAUAUGCGUGUUUGGGUUUGUUGAAAACUCCAAUUUGACUGCUAACGUCAGAAACAGUUAUAAUAAACAUAUUUUAAGGAUUACUAUACACACAUGGGGGGUAAAAAUAAACAGCGAACAAAAGGAAAUGUUCGGCCGUCCAGCAGCGGCAGGGCUGCUGAGGUGCUGACCCGGGAGAGCGGGGUUAUUCCAGGCUUUGUGGGUUUCGGCUCGUCAGUGGCUUCGGAGCUGAGCUAUGUCCCCGCUGUCCACGGGGUAGAGGAGAUCGAUAGCUUGGUCGAUCCGGAUUUUCGUCUGGUACUCAGGAAACUCAUAAAGAGGGACGUUGUUACCAGACUGAAGGCUUUGCAGGACUUUGGGUCCAUGUGCCAGGAACGGGAUGCAGAAGAAGUUAAAGGGGUUCUGCCCUACUGGCCAAGGAUUUACUGCAAGAUAGCAGUGGAUCAUGAUCGCCGUGUUCGGGAGGUCACCCAGCAGGCCUUUGAGCAGCUGGUACUGAAAGUCCAUCGCAGCUUGGCUCCUUUUCUGAGAAGUUUGAUGGGCCAUUGGAUGCUAGCCCAGUGUGACACGUACUCACCCGCAGCCUCUGCCGCCUGUCAGGCGUUCCAGGCUGCCUUCUCACCCCUUAAACAGCCUGAGGCCCUCAGCUUUUGCAAGGAUGAAAUCCUUAAUGUACUUCAGGAGAUUUUAAUAAAGGAAACUGCUGACACACUGAGUGAUCCACAAACAGUGGCAGUAGAGGAUAGAGAGGCCAAAUAUGUGCGCAUGGUGACCAGCUCACUCUUGGGAAUAAAAAAACUGCUGUCCUUGCUGCCAGAGAAUGAGAGAACAACCUUAAAGCAAAAACUAACUCAUCUUAUUUCACUGGGGAAGUUCUGGAAGUACAGCAAACACAAGACACCUCAGGUACGCGGAGCAUUUUUUGAGCUGGUGUGUGCCUUUUGUGAGUUCACCCCGGGACUGGCCCAGAGUGAAGCAGCACGACUCUGCCCUGCCGUUAUCCUCAGCAUUGAUGACACAGAUCCUGUUGUGCUGCCAGCUGUGUGGGAAGCUCUUCUUCAUGUUCUUACUGUCAUCCCUGACUGCUGGACACACGUGAAUGUCCAAAAGGGUUUCUUACCUAAACUCUGGUCUUUGCUCAAAGAAGGCGGCAAGGGAAUGGCAAAAGUGCUUCAUCCGAAUUUAAUGCCACUCCUCAGCAAACUGCCCCAUUUGGUCAUUGAUCCAGCAUUGGAGUUCUACAGCGCAUUCUUCACUGCACUGAUACAGGGUUUGUCUAGUGAGCGAGCAGUGACAAGUCCAUCAGAAAGUGCAGUUAUAGUGACCUCUGCUGUUGAGUGCAUGAGGUACUGUAUAUUUAACAAUAUGGAGGAAGAGGAGGAUCAGAAGAAAAUACGGGCCAUGCUUAUUUCACAGCAGCUGUUACCGCUGUUGGAUACAGCUUUUGGAAAUUCCUCCCUGCAGAAUGGUCCUCUUUUCCUCUUGGUCACUGAAAUGCUUGUAUCCUGGGAGAAGAGAGCAGGUUUACAUUGUGAGGAUGAAUUGAAUGACAACAUGGAUGUCUUUCAAAAACUUCUGUCAGACUUGUGGGGCGGGCUGGGUGGUAUGUUAGUUAGGUACACAGACAGCGAUGAAGCAGAUCCACGUUGUUUGGAAGGGGUGGCGACCUUGUUGCAGGUGAUGCGUUACCCUGAGAGUGCAAACAGGAAUCGCUUACAGAAGAAAUCUGUUAAGACUGUUUUCUUCAAGCCAGAGAAAUUUGAGAAAACUGGAGAUGAGGGUGGUGUUGAGAAUCUCGCCCAAACAGUGCUGGAUCUUGUGGAUGACAAGACUGUUUCGCUGAAGACUCACUAUUUUGAGGAUGCAGUGUGCCAGCUGGCUCAACUCAGCCUUGCACAUGUCAAUAAGAACAAUUCAGAAAAGCAUCUUGUUUUUCUCUCCCUUCUCCUGUGCUCUUUCCAUACACACAGAGUGUUCACUACAUUGGUAGACCAUGACCACAUAUCAGAAGAUGGUGAAAAGAAGGAUGAGGCUAAGAUGAAAAAUCCGGCGACACAGUUCGUCUUGGAGCGGGUUAUGGUGUGGCUGGUGGAGAAGCAGGGCACAGACACUCACCACCUGGUGGAGAUGGUCUUUAGUUCGCUCUGUUGCUGUAGCCAGCAGGAGACCACCCGCAUCCUCAACCACAUCACUGCGAUGGGUUUACAGUGGGGUGUUAUCCUGCAAAUCGUACAGAGGGCAUGUGCAGAUCCUGAGACCCUUAAACGCAGUGGGGAUUGGCUGAGAGGUUCUGUGCUCGGUGAGCAGCUCCUAGGUUUGACUGAAGAUCUGUGCAGUGUGGGGCACUGCAUCUCCGGUUCCACAGCUUCUAAGAGCAACCACGGCUGGACUCUUAUCAGCCUGGUCCUGUCUCAACACUACAACAAUAAGCCUCUGAUAGGGGAGGUGUACAUGGAGAAGAUCCUGGAAACACUGCACACAACGCUGUUGGAGACCAAGACGCUGUCCGAUGCAGGCAACAUUGAACCACUCAUCUCCUUCAUUUGUGACGUUGCUUCCACAUUUUUCUCAUCUGUCCAAGAUUGUCUUCUGCUGGCCUCUGCUGAAGAGCUUUUGGUCACUGUCUUCCAGCUAACUGCCCUCAAUCAAAUACACACAAAUCUGUCUGAUUCCCUUUUAGAUAAGCUGAAGUCUCUGUGUGUGGUUGGAGUCCAGGCUUUGGUCCAACACAAUAAAUAUGAAAUCAAAGAAGAUGGCUUCUUGCACAGAGCUGCAAUAUGGGUGAAAAACCAACUGCUCACUGUGUCUCUGAACAUGAAGAGUUUACAGGCCCUAGUUCUGGUUGUGCAGAACUUGAUGGAGACACUCGUGUCCAUCUGUCAUCAAGAUGCUCCACUCCUUGUUCAGUUCUUUGCCCUCUUAACACCCAGCCCUGCAGAAUGGACAAAAAUCAGACAGGCCUUAUCGCCUCAGUGGGUCAAGGCACCUUUACUGUCCAACCGCUUCCGAGGAGUUUGUGAAAAUACUUGUGUUCAGAUGUGGAAGUGUAGGGUUUUGUCCAGAUUGCCAUCUCAUUUAUGUAUCUGUUCACUUCUGGGGAAGAUAGCCCAGAAUAUUGUAGCUAUACCUUAUGACAAAUGGAAGACAGAAUGUUCUCCAUAUGUGCCAGAUCUUAAGUACACAGUUGCAGAGCUCCUUUAUGCACUUCAGUGGUGUAAAGAGAUGGAAUACAGUUCUGCUGUAGGAUCUGAUUGGGCAUUAUUAGAUGGGCUUUGUAUGUAUGUUCCAAAGAAAGACCUGCUGGAGACGCUCUAUACACGGUCUGUGGACGAUGGAGAUCUGUGGUCCCUGACUUUGGAGAACUACAUCCACACAAACUUGGAAGCUCCUGACGCUGCCAUCUUGAGGAAGCUCUACAGUAGUGUAGAUAGUCUAUUCCCAGUGUCACAGAGCAAACUGAGCACACUCCAGGUGCUUUGUCCUUCCAUGACCAGAGAAGACAGAGAAACUCUGAUAGCUCUGGCUGCUGCUGGAAUCAUCAACUGGCAAGAGAAUGACAAUGUGUAUGAGUGUUUGGCAGUGCUGAUGUGUUGUCUGAAUGACAAUCCAGUGGAGGAGGAAGUUCUACAGGCGAUCCUGGCCACCAUGAUGGAGUGGAGAAACACUAAGGAGGACUGGUUUCUCUUUAACAGUGACCUGUCCAAAGUGUCUGCAGCACAGUUGAACCUCAAUGUGGAGAUGAUGCGUUUCUUCUCUUGGGUGUUGUCUCAUUGUCCAACAGCUCUUGGAAACAGCCAGUGGGACUUCUUGCUGUGCUCUACGUUAGCCUGGUUGGAAACUGCCAGCGAGAAUGUGAGCAGCCUGUGGAAUCCAUGGGUUCAGCUGUUUGCGUGCGAGAACGCUACACUGAUUGUGAAGCUGAACCAGUUUUUCAUAUCACUCCCUGCCAGUGUACUCGAGAAACUGCCAUCAGAACUGACAAGUGAAUGGACAGACUUCUUCGUAGAAGGAAUGUACAACAUGUUGUUGCCUUUGCCUAUAAAAAUCACAGAUACCUUUACUGAACCGGAUGACCCAGUGUUCCCAGUGGCGGUGCUUCAGACUGUUGGAGUGGCUUUGAUGUAUGUGCCUUUGUCCAAGCUAACCCAAAAUACUCUUCCGGCAAGAUUGAUAGCAGAUCAGAAGACAAGCCUACCAGAGUCCCUCCAAACACUCCUCAAUAGCCUCUGUCCUCUGCUGCUGUUCAGAGCCAGGCCUCUGCAGCUCACUGUUUACCACCUGCUCAACAAGGUGAUGCCUCAGCUGCCUGAAUGCGAUGGAGGAGACGUCAGCAAAUCUGAAGACGACAGCGACGAGCCGUGUCUUUCACCCCCAGCCUCUCUGAUGGCCGUCCUGUCCGCCUGUGAGGAGUUGUGUGAGAAUAUCCUGGCAGGGGUACAAGUCGGAGAGUUUGCUGUUGUCCAGCCUCUUAGUGUGGAGUACUCCUGCAUCCUGGGUUACUUACUCGCCUGGAAGCUUCUCCUCAAUUUCUUCAAGUCCUCGCCCUCACAUCUACGUGCCCAUUACGCCCAGUUUCUUAAGAGAAGCUACUCCCUUAACAAGCUCCUACUUCACCUCUUCAAAUUGAUGCCCGAGAAUCCUACAUACCCAGGCCAAGGGUCUGAGACAAAGGAGACCAAAACCUUCUUUACAGAGAGCCUCUCUUUGGCUGUAGACAGAAGUGAGAGUGUUGAGUGGGAGCUCCCCCACUUGGCUUGUAGUGUGUAUUACAGCACGGUGCAGGACCUGCCCGCCAUGGUGCGCCUGUGGUGGAACAGUCAGGAGAAGAGAGUGAGCGCAGCUGUGGAGAAGUUUACGAUUAAAUACGUCAGUCCUGUUCUGUCAGCUCAGGAGAUCUCAUGUGUCCACACCAGCACUCAAAUAUUUGAUAGCAUGAUGGUGAAAGCUCGCUCAGCAGCACGGGAAGUGAUUGCCACCUAUUCUGUGGAUGAUAUCUUCAUCGAGUUGGUGGUUCAGCUGCCACAGAACUAUCCCCUGGGCUCCAUCAGCGUUGAGAGUGGAAGGCGUGUGGGUGUUGCUGUACAACAGUGGAGGAACUGGAUGCUGCAGCUCAGCACCUACCUCACUCAUCAGAAUGGCAGCAUAAUGGAGGGUCUGGCCCUGUGGAAGAAUAACGUGGAUAAGCGUUUCGAGGGAGUGGAGGAUUGUAUGAUCUGUUUCUCUGUUAUCCACGGCUCCAACUACUCACUACCGAAGAAGGCCUGCCGCACCUGCAAAAAGAAAUUUCACUCAGCCUGUCUGUACAAAUGGUUCACUUCCAGUAAUAAGUCCACGUGUCCACUAUGCAGAGAGACCUUCUUCUAAAUCACAGCGUGCUGAAGUAUUGGAUGGAUGUCUAAUAUCAAAGGGCACAAGCAGCCAUUACUGGAUUGGACUGUGGAUUUUUGUGAAUAAGAGAGACACACACAACCACACGCACCAAUGAAGGGAGCUUUUCUAACUGAUAUAAAUUAUUCUCCAAAUAAUCCAGUCAUUAAUAUUAUCUCAGGGUUUCCUGAUCAUGCGAUUUCAGCUCACAUUGCAAUCUGAUUUCUGAGAGUGAAAAUAUAUUGUAAUGUGCUGUACAACGUACUUAUUAAAAUCACAGUGCAGUCAUUUUAAAAAUGUUGGAAUGACAUUGAAGUGAAAGCUAGUAAAAUCACAUCUUUCUGCAUUUACAAAAACCUCAGACUUUGUUGCUUCCUGAAGAGUGGGGUAUUUAAUGUCAAACGGAACCUCAUAUACAACUUUCAUCAUUAUUAAAGCAAUUAAAGUGACCUCACUACAGUAUGGUGAAAUCAUCAACCUGCUCAGUGUUCAGCAGUUCACGAGCUGGGGUUCUAUUACAGGUUUGAUCAACUGUUUAGCGAUAUUUUCAGAAUGUUAAAAAAAAACACGAUAGCGAAAUGACAGCAUUUCCAUUGAGUAAUGGAAUGCUACUGCUAGAUUUUGUCCUCUUGUGCUAACGGUCAUUCCAGCGAGGCUCUUGUGAAAACUGCAAUUGCUGUAGUCAUGGCUAAGUAGUGCUAUUUGUGUUUAUUGUUUCCUCACCCAUUAUCUUCAUUUUUUGGUUCCUUUAGGAGUAAAAAUAAAUUGGGUGAAAUUUCACAAGAUUUGACAAAUUAAGCACUGCCGCCCGGCCCCUGCUUUUUGUGACGUGCGAGUGACAUUUUGAGCUGUGGCUACAUUAGUUCAUUAGUGGCAGUUUUUGUUACAUCUGCCUCAGGUUGCAUUGUUGAGGCAUUCAGCGUCAACAUGGACUUCCUCAUCAAGGACCCUUCAGAGUGGGAGGAUGACCUAUCAUUCCAGUCAUCACAGCAGGUCCUGGAUAACACGGCUGCUGUCAAUGAUUUUGCUGGGAGAUAAGUUGCACUUAUCCAGGAUUACAAUCAGAUCCUAACAAAGGAUGAACAGCAGCACCAAUACCUACUGCAAAUUGUUGAGUGGCAUCGACACCAGAUGCCGGAGGCAAUGAAAAGUAGAAUCAAACACCACUCGCCUUGAAUGUUUUCACCAAAUAGGUGGACAGAGACAUGUAAUACUUUUUUUUUAUCUCAACUGUGUGGUCAGUUAAAGGAGAAAGGAUUGUUGUUUUAGUUUGUAUUUCAUUUGUGAACAGGUACAUUAUUGUUGAUUUGCGCUAAUAUACUCAACUGUUGCAAUUUUCACCCCACGUGUGGCAGUGGUUAGAAUAGUCAUUUUGAAAUUAAAUUUUGCACAAAACAUUUUCUCAUCAAGAUGAACAAUUUUGUCAGGAAGCACCUUAAGAAAGUCACAUUUUUAUUUUUGGUGUACUGUGGAGGACCACCCUAAUAUACAGGGCUGCAAAACCUCUGUUUGCAGACAGAUUAAUGUCAAAAUGUGUUUCCAUAUUCUGUUUAUUUCAUCCUAUAAAACCGCAGGGUUCUCACCCAGACAGUGGAAUAAAGGCGCUGCUGAGUGGUGUCAUCUCAUGAUGUUUUAGUCGCGAGACUUGGGAAUUUGAAAAUAAAUGUCAGAUUUGAAUUUCACCAUGAAGAUUCGAAGUUGGCUUAAUUCAUUUAAUGUCAAGUUUAGUCGAUGACUAAUGAUACCCAACUAGUCAGUGACUAAAUUUGACAUUCCAAUCCAAUUACAUUUUUUUUUUCCACAAAUCUGGUUGCUUAAUCAUGUGAGAUUUUCAGACCUUAAAAUAUCGGGGUAACGGUGGCAAAAUAUUCACUGUAAUACAUUUGGUUUUGGCAUACAUAAUACUGUGCAUGCGCACGCACGCACAGUAUUAUCAGAACACGGAACUGUCGAUUUAUGCGUUGAGACACACAAUUCGAUACAACACCGGCUGCGCGCGCUGCUGCGCAGAUGUCAUAAUGGCGCUGUUAGCUGAGAGUGAGAGAAAGUUGCGUACUGACACAGAAAUGCGUGAAUUUAAGCUACCAUAUGAAAGUAUUGAUGUGGUUUCUGACACAGAAUUACCAUUUCACAUUUGAUGGAUUUCUCCACGCCCUGACCGCUGUUGGAGCGAUGCUGCGUCACGGUAAGCCAUGCCGACCAAAUUACCUACAGAAAAAUAAACUGUGCAAAUGAUGGAAUUGGAUUAGAAUGGGAAUAACCCCCUUGUGUCUGAUGAUUUGCCAAAGUUCAUGCUGUUAUAUGGUCACAAAUACCUGUUUUACCGGCUCUGCUCACGUUUCGCUGGUAAACAUCAAUUUGCGACUAACCAGCAUGAAUGUCUGCAAAUCAUCAGACACAACAGGGUUAUUCCCUAAUUGAAUGAAUUAAGCUAAUUUCGGAUCUUCAUAGUGGAACUCAAAUGUGACAUUUAUUUUAACAAAUAUAAGCACAAAAUCACAAAUACAAAAAACAGCAUUAGCAUGAAGACAAUACCUGCAUUCAUUUACUAGGCGUAGACGACCCGUCUGAGCUGAUUAAUUCACCUGCCAAGGUUCACACACUUUUUUUCACAGAGUGAAAGGAGUGGUGGCAGCUCCAGCAGGUCUAUUCUUUUAAGGGUUAAAUGAAUUGUACCAGACUUGUCCACUCAUAAGAUGUUAGCUCGUCGUAGUAGACUAUUACAAUUAGUCGUCCCAUCCCUAAUUUCCAGUUCACUACUUCAGAUUGUGCAGUUUGUAUUGGAAUAGAAACAGACUACAGACCAGGUAAUGAAUUCAGUGAUUUCACCAAAUUUAAAUAUGGUUUUAGGCUACAAAAGCAUGCCACUGGCAUUACAGUAGAAACAUUAAAUGAAAACAUAUCUAAAAGUGGUUCAGAUGUUACUUGCUUUGUACCUUUUUUUUGUGUGUUUUUUUUUUUUUUAUCUGUGAUUGACACUGCAGCGUGUGAAGAUGAGCUGAAACAAGCAGCUUAUCACUGUUGGACUAAACAAAAUAUAUUAGAGGGUUUAUUAAGCUGAUAUUACUAUACAAUGUAAAGUGCCCAAAUCUGGUCACUUCAUAAAGUGCUUGGUUUUGACCAUCUAUUUCCUAAUAUUUAGGAGUGCAUAAAUCAUUGGUGGCAUGCCUUAUACCAUUGGAACAUGGUAAAUUGACCUCUGAAAUGGAGGAAAGGGAAGCUUGUAAUUUUAAAAUGGUAAUAUUCACAAAUUUCUAAAGUUAUUGUUCUACAUCUUCACUGCAUAUGCUUGUAAAAAUUGCUGGAUAAUAAAUAAAUCACACCUAGACAGUAGU